AUGAAAUCCAUGAUCGUUGUCUCGUUGGCGUGCUUGGCGGUGGCCUUGGCGGUGCCCACGGACGACGUAGACCUGAGCCCGAGCAGGCUGGGCGUGGGCAAGAACUUCGCGUCGGGAUCCCACGGGGGUGGCCACAGCGCGGGCGCGUCCGGUGGCGCCCACGGCGGCAGCGCCCACUCCGGCGGCGCCGGCGCCAAGCACAACGACGGCUACAGCAAAGACAGCCACACCUCCUUCUCGAAGACGGAGCGCGAGUCCGGCCACAGCUCCGGCAGCGCUGGUGUUCGCGGCUCCGGCAGCUCUGGUGGCGGUCGCCACGGCAGCGCGCACAGCGGCGGCGCCGGCUACGGCCAGAGCGCGCACGGCUCCGGCCGCACCUACCUGCCC